GAUAAUAUCUCUACUUAAGAGGUUGUUUUGGCUCGUCAUUAUGAUCUCUUUUAUUCUUACGAUAUUAGUCUUACAGCCCGAUUCUGUGCACUUGAUAAAUUCACCAUCUUGCUUAUUUAUCAAAAUUUAUUAUUUAUCAAGUCUUUGGUAUUCUGUGUCAAAAACCAAAAGCUCUUUUCUAGAUAAAUUAUCAAGAUGUCAAAUGCUCUUGACAAAUUCAACAGCUGUUUGUGAAAAUAUUGUGAACACAUUUUAAUUGUAAUUUUGAUUGAAAUUAAAUAAAAUAAAAUGGAAGAAGACAUAUUAUUAUUGUUGCUGUUAGAAGAGGAGGAAAAUUUAGAAAAUAGAGAUCGCGCGCGUUAUUUCAGGAGUUUGAGGGAUUCUACUGAUCCAUUUGCCCUCAGUGAAAGUGAGUUCAUGAAAAAUUUCCGACUGCCGCGUGAUAUUUGCCGUAGUCUAAUAGAUGACUUACGGCCUCAUGAUCAACAAAAGACUUCAUUGCCUUUGACCAUUAGAGUCCUGGCAACUUUAAAUUUCUUUGGUCACGGUUCCUACCAAAAAUGUGUCGGUAAUAACUGCAACUUGCCAAUGAGUCAGUCGUCACUCUCGAGAAGUAUGCGGGCCGUGGCCAAACUUAUAGUAAAAGUUAAAGGAGAAGAAAUAAAAUUUCCUAGUUCCACUGAGGAAGAAAAUAUAGUCAGAACCGGGUAUGUACAUACAUGUGUAUUAAAACAAUUGGAUUCAUCUAAAUUCACUGAGUUCAAUUUCAGAUUUUUCACAAAAUACGGAAUAAAGAGUACUAUAGGAGCAAUCGACUGUACACAUGUUGCAAUUAUUGCUCCUGCGUCAAAUAAUAUUGAACGUCCCCUUGGCUUAUAUUUAAAUAGGAAGGGCUUCUACAGCAUUAAUGUCGAAGCGGUAUGUGAUCACCGUUUAUGCUUCACGUUUCUGAAUGCUAAAUUUCCGGGUGCGACACAUGACUCUGGAAUUUGGGCAACUUCUGACCUACGAGAGCAUCUCAUUCGUCAACACACCAAUGACUCUGUAGGGCACCGAAGGCAGUCGUGGCUGAUUGGUGACCAAGGUUACCCUUUAGAACCUUGGCUCUUAACACCGGUCGGAAAUCCUAGUACUUCUCAAGAGCGAAAGUAUAAUAAGCUACAUUGUACUGCCAGAAAUUGUGUUGAAAGAGCGUUCGGAGUUUUAAAAUCGCGUUUCAGAUGUUUGCUGAAGCACCGGGUUCUACAUUAUUCCCAUGAAACGUCCGCAUUAAUAAUAAGCAGUUGUGUUAUACUGCAUAAUAUAAUUACGAAAGCUGGUAUUACCAUGCACGCGGUGGACAACGAGGUUGAAGAAGACUCUGACCAUGUAGUUAAUUCCGGUGACUGUUUGCAGUAUACACGAGAAGGUGAAAGGAUAAGGGCAAGAUAUAUAUCUACACUUUAACACAUUAUUACACUAUACACUACAUUACUACUAACAAUAUGCAUAUAUACACUGCACAAUGACAUUACACAUUAACCUACUCCUGUUACAUUAUCCGUCUAUUAUUACACAAUAUAACGACUGCUAACAAUAUGUGUAUACACAAGUCAUAUGUAAACAGAAUAUCUAAACAGAAGCACACAUCACCGCACUUAAAAGUAACCCCUGCAUAGCCUGUGUCAGGCACAUGCUAAGCUGCUCGGUCUGAGUCACGACAUCUUCAGCUACAGAAUAACACAACCAGAUAUAAUUAUUAACAACAUUGUUUCAUUAGUUUAAUUCAUUAGUUUUAAUAAUUUAUUUUAAUAAAAACAAAGUCCAUUAACAUACAUACAUAUGGAUAUGUACAAACAAGAAAACAAACAAGAAAACUAAAUUUUGAAAAAUAAGGAAUUAAAAAAAAUAUAAAAUGAA